AUGAAUGAAAAUACAUGUAGGUCAAUUGAACAAAUAUUCGAAGGUUCCACAUUUAAUAAAUCUGAAAGAAAAAAACUGACAUUUGAAAAUGAAAAACUUAAUUUAUUUUUCGAAAAUGGAAUAAUUAAUUACAGUUUAAUAGAACUAGUAGGAUCUCCAGGAAGUGGAAAAACACAAUUUGCUCUUACUUUGUGUGCAGAACAAUUGAUCAAAAUAAAUAAAGAAAAAAAGGAAGAUAUUGUUUUUUAUAUUUAUUUUAAUAGAACUUUUCCAAUACAAAGACUUACAACCAUAAUAGAGAAUAAAUUGAAAUUCAACGAAAAUAAUUAUACCAAUUAUUAUAUAGACGAAAAAAAAACAAAUGCAAACAAGUUGCCAAAUGCAAAUCAUAUUUAUUCAAAAAAAUAUAAUAUAAACCAAAAUGAACAAGAAAAUCUCUUUUCAUUUAAAACAAAUAAAAAUGACAUUGUAAGAAAUUUAUUAGCAAAUUUAUAUAUUCAAAAAAUACAUGACGAAAAUGAAUUUUUUUCAUUAUUUCAAAAAAAUAUACAUAGUAUUCUCAAAUAUAAUAAAAUUUCAUUACUUGUAAUUGAUUCAUUUAAUUCUAUACUUAAUGGAAAUGAAAAUUUAGAUAGUUAUAAAAAAUAUCAACUAUAUAUUAAAAUGUCUUUAAUUUUAAAACAAAUAUCAUAUGAAAAUAAUAUCUUUAUUAUAUUAAUUAAUAGUUCAAAUAUUAACAAACAUUACUCAGAUUUCUCUUUUAACAUUUCCGAUUUUAUUAUCAACUCUUCAUGUUCAAACACAGUUAUUAUUUUUAAAAAAACAAAAAAAAAUAAUGAACAAGUCAGAAAAAUGUUUAUUAAAUGUUCAGAAUUUUUACGAAUGUAUAAAACACUUACAUUUCAGAUCACUGACUCAGGUGUUGAGGCCCUAUGA